AUGGGCUGGGUUCAUAAUGCCCCGCCAGAGGUGGAGGCCGUCUCUCAGUACCGGCAGAUUCUGGGCGUCUGCUUGGGCCUGACGAUAUUGAUGGUCAUUACGGUCUGCCUUCGGCUAUGGCUCAGAGCGCAGACUGGACGCCUGGGAGCGGCAGACUAUGUGAUGGUCUUUAGCAUGAUAUUCAGCGUUAUCUACAGCGCAUUAUGUAUCUCUCAAAGUCGAUACGGACUUGGUCUACCGCUGAAACUACGACCAGCCCUGGAUAAAGCAACUUACACCAAGCUCAAUUAUGCAGGACGUCCGUUCUAUCAACUCGGAAUAGCUGGAUUCAAAGCCUCGCUCUGCCUCAGCUACCUUCGCCUGAUCUCGGGAACGUCGAUGAAAUUCUAUCGGAUCCUCAUCUGGGUUGUCAUUGUGCUCAGUACUGUGGGCCACUUGGCAGGAGCACUGGUCUUGAUCCUGAACUGCACACCGGUCCGAUCCGCGUGGGAUAUCACUGUGCAUGGGCAUUGCCUUCCAGUUGGCCCCACGUUCUACGGCCUCGCCAUCUACACCAUCAUUUGCGACGUGGCCAUGGUCUUUCUUCCGAUCCCCCUCUUGCUCCGACUGAAAAUCAAACCGGCGCAAAAGGCUGGCGUGGUAUGUCUGUUCCUUCUCGGACUCUUUACGACCAUCUGCUCGAUCUUGCGACUCAGUCAAAUUCACCGCGUGGCAUGGGGGGACGGUAACUCCACCAUGUUGGUGUUAUGGGGAACCAUUGAGUUCAAUAUCGGAAAUAUCGUCACCUGUAUCCCAUACCUCGCCCCUCUCCUUCGGGGGGUUGUUCGAGACUUCCGAUCCACCAGCAACAAAAAGUACUACGAUAGCCACGGACGCACUUACGCGAUGGAGACGUGGUCCAGGGACCAACGGUCGCAUUUGCAAUCCUGCGCGUCAGGCCCACCCGCCCCACGACGAUCACCGAGUGAGGAAUUGAUCUUGGCAGCCAAAGAGCCAUCGCACGGUGGCAUCGAAAUGACGGUCGAAUAUUCCGUCUCGCUGGAAAAGAACAAUCCUAUGGUCCACGCCCGGUGA